AUGCGGGCAUUCGGGCAGUGCGGGGCGGCGGGGCGUGUGGUGGACGUGUUUGCAGCGAUGGUGGAGGCAGGCGUUACUCCCUCUCUGUCCUCCUUCCAUGCGCUUGUCGUGCCGUGUGCGCGCGCUCGCAAGAUCGGAGUCAUGGAGGCUGCUGUUGCUGCGUUCCUCUCCACUGGCCUAGUGGAGGAGGAGAGGCGAGGUGUGGGGGGGAAGAGAGGGUCCGCGGGGGAGGAGGAGGAGGAGGAGGAUGGGACGAGAGGCAGAGGUGAGUGGGGUGGGGAGGGCAGGGGUGGGCGUGGAGAGGUGCAGGGACGGGGUUUGGGUGAGGGAGAGGGGAGCGGGGAUGGUGAGGGGGAAGAGGGAGAGGAAGGCAUGGUGAGGGAGAUGAUGAUGGAGGUUGCUGCAGCGUAUGCGGCAGAGGGCAUGGAGGAGCAGGCAGGGCGGUUCAAAGAGCUUGCAGAGCGACUGGUGGUGGUCUCGUUGAAGGUCGGGGAGGGUGGGAGAAGGGGAGAGGGUGCAGGUGAGGAUAAGGGGGUGGAGGAGGACAGUGAGGGAGACGAGGAGGAGGAGGAGGAGGAGGAGGAGGAGGAGGAGGAGGAGGAGGAGGAGGAGGAGGAGGAGGAGGAGGAGGAGGAGAGGAAAGAAGAGGAGCACGACGAUGGCUGGGUGACGCAGCAGGUGGGACUAAGGGGUGGGAGAAUGGUGAAGAGACGAGGAGGUUAG